AUGACUCAUUUGAAGGCUUCGAUAAGAGACGUUCCCAAUUUAGUGAUUAUAUCAGAUCGUCACAUCUCAAUUGCAAAGGCUGUUGCAAGUAUAUUCCUUGAUGCAUUUCACGCCCUAUGUAUAUACCAUAUUUGGAACAAUUUGGUUGACAAAUUAAAGAAUAAGGACAUAAUCCCAUACUUCUACUUAACGGCGAAAGCUUAUAGAAUGUCUGACUUUCAGAUGUAUUGGGCUAAGCUCUAUCAAUAUCUUAGUGUGGCAACCUAUCUUGAAAAGGUUGGAUUACAACGAUGGGCAAGGGUUUAUCAAGUCUAUUGUAGGUAUGACAAGAUGACGAGAAAUAUAGUAGAAUGUCUCAAUGAAGUGUUGAAAUAUGCACGAGAACUACCAAUCACAAAGCUAUUAGAGCAUAUUCGUGAGUGGCUACAAGGUUGGUUCUAUAUCCAAUGUACACAUGCAAUGGCAUGCACAAACAUUGUAGUUGAUUACGUAAUGAGUAUUCUUAAGGAAUCGGAAUUGAUGUCUAGAACAUAUCAUGUUUUCCAAGUGGAUAUGCAUAUAAUUAAUGUAGACGAUGGAUAUUUGGUGGGUGUUGAUCUUCGUUCAUGGACAUGUACGUCUAUGGAGUUUAAUUGCCCCGAGAUCCCGUGCUCCCAUGCAAUAUCUGGAACGACCCUGAGAAACAUUAAUAUUCAAACAUUUUGUGGAAAAUGA